UAUGCUUUUGUAAUUUCCAUUGUCAUAAGCAAACAGACAACUUCAUCUGAAUGUACUGGAAUAAAGCUGGAUAUUGAAAAUGGCACAGUCGACGCCUGUAAAGGUUAACAAAAUUUCGGUUUUACAUAAAAUGUUUGGUUUGGCUAAAAAAAAAGCUGUGAACUCUUAUAUCGUGCCCCAGAAUUCGACAAUAAAUCUUGAGCAAAAGCCAGGCCUUCGGGAUCAUAUCAAUAACCUAACGGAGAAUACCUACGACCGCAACGCCAUGAAUAAGUGUCCACACUGCGAGAAUAUGGCCAAGAACUUCUUGUACUUGGAGAGUCUUAUACGCAACAACUGUGAUAAGCAUCAAAAGUGCAGCUUGUGCCAAUCCUCGCUUAAAUACCUCCAGUAUGUCAAUAGAAAUAUUAUGCAAGUGUUCGGCAACUUUGAUUCGAUUGUGCAGGCGGCCCGCGUCUUUUCCACCCAGGCCCCACCGGCGCCCAAAUACGCGGUGAGAAAACAAGCAGACAAGCAGUUAUCCCAACGCGCUGAGGGCGGCGCUGUGGUCGGCUCACAAAAGUCCAGCAAAUCGCUGAAAUCGCAGAAAUCCAAAAAGUCACUCAAGUCCCAACAGUCGCUCAAAUCGGGCAAAUCGAAAUCCAAAUCCAAGGCAGGACUCAAAUCCCACACUGGCCAUGGCAAAAUGGUGCUGAAGAGCAAAUACAAGCAAAAGGCCAACAAACUCGCCUCGCAUCUCAGCAAAGUGGUGCGCAGCGUAAGCCAACACAAGAGCUUGCAUCCUGUGCGCUCCAAGCUGAAGAAGCAUCAUGGCAUGAAGAGCAUGAAGAGCAAGCGGCAUGCAGCACCGCCGACCAGCAUUAAUUGGAGUCUGCUCAAACGUAAUCUGCCCAAGCGUAAGGCACUCGGAGCCAAGUAGCCGCUAACUGCAUAAUCAAACAAAAAGUUAUAUAUUCACACAUAUAUAGUAAUGAUGCGCCUAGUGCGCAGUCUUGUCUAUGAGGAAUCUAAUAUAUUUUUUUUUUAUUUUAGUCGAAACUAAA